UCGUCCUUUCUAGAAAAAAUGGCAGCUGUUGACAUCGACGUGCCGGUGGACACAGAGCCUCAACUCCGAAAUCCGGAGGACAUGGAGCGGCAAGCUGAGGGCUUCAAAGAGCAAGGAAAUGCAUUCUACAGCAAGAAGGAUUACUCUGAGGCUUUCAACUAUUACACUAAGGCCAUAGAUGCAAGCCCCAAAACUGCUAGUUAUUAUGGCAACAGGGCAGCCACCCUCAUGAUGCUCUGUCGCUUUCGAGAGGCCCUCGAAGAUUCCCAGCAGGCCGUGCGGCUGGAUGACUGUUUCAUGAAGGGUCAUCUACGUGAGGGCAAGUGCCAUCUGUUAUUGGGAAAUGCCAUGGCAGCCAAUCGCUGCUUUCAGAAGGUUUUGGAGCUCGAGCCCAGCAACAGAGAGGCCCUGCAGGAGAAUAAGAGUGCAUCGACUUUGCUGGAGUAUGAACGAAUGGCGGAUUUUGGGUUUGUGAAGCGGGAUUUCAGAAAGGUGGUGUACUGCAUGGACCGGGCCUUAGCUGUGGCUUCUGCCUGCCACCGCUUUAAAAUCCUGAAGGCCGAGUGUCUGGCUCUGCUGGGACGCUAUCCAGAAGCCCAGUCUGUAGCAAGUGAUAUCCUGCGAAUGGAUUCCACAAAUGCAGACGCACUCUACGUCAGAGGUCUGUGUCUCUACUACGAGGACUGCAUCGAUAAGGCUGUACAGUUCUUCAUCCAGGCUCUGCGCAUGGCACCUGACCACGAAAAGGCCCGGCUAGCCUGCAGGAAUGCCAAAGCCUUAAAAGCCAAAAAAGAGGAGGGCAACCAGGCAUUUAAGAACUGCAACUUUGAAUCCGCCUACCAGCUGUAUACUGAAGCCCUGACGAUAGACCCCAACAACAUAAAGACCAACGCUAAACUCUACUGCAACAGAGCCACGGCAGGAGCCAAGCUGAAGAAACUUAACGAAGCCAUUGACGACUGCACCAGUGCAAUCAAACUAGACGACACUUAUAUCAAGGCCUACUUGAGAAGAGCUCAGUGUUACAUGAACACAGAGCAAUAUGAAGAAGCUGUACGGGACUAUGAAAAAGUUUAUCAGACAGAAAAAACAUCAGAUCACAAACAUAUGCUGAAGACGGCACAGCUGGAGCUGAAGAAGAGCAAGAGGAAAGAUUACUACAAGGUGCUGGGAGUCGGCAAGAACGCCACAGAGGAUGAGAUCAAAAAAGCCUAUCGCAAACGGGCCCUCAUGCACCACCCAGAUCGGCACAGUGCAGCGACCCCAGAGGUUCAGAAGGAGGAGGAAAAGAAAUUCAAGGAGGUGGGUGAGGCCUUCACUGUGCUCUCUGACCCAAAGAAGAAGAUCCGAUAUGACAACGGGCACGACCUGGAGGAUGACGGCUCCUUCGAUGGCGGAGAUUUUGAUGCAAACAACAUCUUCAGGGCUUUCUUUGGCGGCCACGGUGGAGGAGGAGGAGGAGGAGGAUUUAGUUUUGAUUCCAGUCCAGACUCUGGACCUGGAAAUUUCUUUUUCCAGUUUGGCUAAGGUGAGCAAGUGCAUGGGAAAAUGCAGCCCUGCAGCGGACAAAAUCAAGUUGGACCCACAGUCACCUCCUGAUGCUCAUACUUCUGAGUGUCUUGCAAAAUCUCCCCACUAUUGAUUAUUGCAUUCACUCUAAAUUUACUCCUCGCAUUGAUGCUAACAAACAAACAGUGGGAACGACAAUUCAGGAGAUUUUAGUUAAGAAUUAACAAUGUGAAUUAAAGAAGUGCUUAAGAAGUUUUUUUUUUUUUUUUUUUUUUUUAAGAGGUUGGAUUAUCUGAUCAGAACUUGUCCAUGAUGCCAAAAUCAAAAUGAAAUCUUGUAAAACUGUCUCAGAAUGGUGGGCAGUAAUAAGGAAUGCUCUUGAAGUGUAAGCAUCAUGUUUGAUUAGUUUUAGAAGACAUAACAUGGCAUAUGUUUUUAAGGUUUUCCUGGGACAGCAUGUCUCUAGAGCAUUGAGAGUCAAUGUACUGUGGAAGUUCAAUGUCAAAACUGACCUCAGGACAGCCUGUUCAGGAAAACGCCAUUCUAUUACGAGCGUGUUCAGGUUUUAUUGGCUCGCUUGCCAAAUAUAGAAUCGACGUGCAGGGUUUUUGUUUUCUCCAUGCUGCAUUGUAUAUUUGACUCGAAUGUAAAUCGUUUUGUGUCCAUAAUUUUUUUUCUUCAGUCUUCCCUCGGUCUAUUUAUAUUUAUUGUACUGUAUAUUCUAACCUGUAUACAGCAGAAUGCCAGUGUUCAUUGUCUUCCUCCUUUUUUAAAGACUCAUUUGUAAAUGUUUUCAUCCUCUUUGCUCUCAGAUUGUGCAAAAAGGCCAAAAUCAGCACCCGUACACCUACAGAUUCUCUUCUCUUGAAAGCACCGAUCACACAUCUGUCCCACUGUCCCAUUCAAAUUCAAGUGGUGCCUUACCAGAAUGAGCGGAUCAGUUAACCUUACAAUUCAUCAAAAGCUGCAGAGUAAGUUAUAUUUGCAUAAGACAACAGUUAAACUUGUAUAGCAUGUUGUUUUUUUGUUUUAAGCUCCUUUUACAGGACAUUUUUCGAACCUGGCCAGUGACCAAAAUUCAAAUUUUCACUGAAUUCUUCAUCCUGUCAAACACAAAAGACUUUGUUCCAUGUCGUCAUCCAUCACACCUAGCUGUCAUCCACCCAUACUUGUCCUGCACGUUCUGUCAGUACAGCCCUUCUCCUACUUGUUCCACCUGUUUUAAAAAGGGCCACUGAUGGUAGGUUGGAUGCUUCUGUUGUUAAUUGAUAUGUCACUGAUCUAUGUAUCAUUUUUAAAACUUGUCACAGUAUUACUGACAUGCUUUUCU